GUUGCUUUUAAAUCUAUUGCCGACCAAAGAAAUGAAUCAAGAAGUUUAAUUAAAACCUACUCUACUCUCCACUCUACCGAGUUUGCUGACUCAACAUAUUAUUCACAUUGAGGCGUACCGUCCGCGCAAAGGUGCUUUCUUGCAAAUCUAUGCUAUCUCCUGCUCUGGCGCAUUACUUCACAAGAUUCAUUUCUAUAUGUUUGCGACUUUCUUCUUUUAUUUCUACUAAUCGGAUAAAGCGUACCCAUUGUCAAGAAAUCAACCACGAACGCUUUACCGGCAAACCAUCCGCUCGGUGCUCUUUUUGCCCGUAAGGAAUUUAUGAAACAAAAUACACCAACACACAAUAAUAAUACAAAAAAAAGCUGGCAGCAAAGCUUAGAACAAUCUCGAGGAAAAGCCGGCAUACUUUAGGGGGGGGGGGAACCGGAUAGAAAAAAUGACCAUUUUUGCGGUUGGAAAGUUUGUACCUCGCACAAGCAACGGCAAACCCCGGGCCCCGGCUUCGGUGUUCGGUGUUCGGCAAGCAAAAAGGGAUAAAGAAAAAUCGCCACAACAAACACAGAAGAAUCUUUGCACAGAUCCGUUUAUCUUUGGCCCAUCCUUGCAAAGGGGCCGCAGACAUUUUUCCAACAGGCAGGAAAACCCACCCACCUUACGCAACCCACACAUACACAUACCAUCCGGCAAAAAAAGGAAAAUAUAAAAUGUUUCGCCACAAAUGGACAUCCUUUGAUUGGCAUUGUUGAGGCAUGUUGGGGGUUUACUUGUUCUUCCGAUUUUGGCAUCGCUGCUGGCUGCCUUAAAGAAGAAAAAAAGGUUGGAAGAUGAGGAAGGCCAAAAAAAAAGGAAUACCAACUUUAAAGAAACCCAAAAUACACAACCGCAAAAACCAACUCAAAAGAAAUAGAAUAAAUAUUCCGCUUGCCGCUAGUUUCGCUGCAUGGCUGCCCUCCUGCGAGUGCUGGGCGUUACGGCGCUAUUCCGAAGCCAAUCGUUUGAUGUGGGUGAAAAUGAGAACAAACGGUAGCGGCUCGUUUGUUCUUUCGUAUUUGUGGCCCCUUUAGAAAAAGCCAUGUCCAGGGGUGCGUUGUAGGGGAAGCAAAGAUAAUGUUCAAGCACUAAUUUAAUCAAAAGAUUGGGUGAAUUUAAAGUAGGCCUGUUUUUCUUGAUUCAAAAGUGUUGAUUUUUUAUUUAACUUUCCUAUGUAGUGGAAUUAUUACUUGCAUUGGUCACGAAUGAUAAGUAGCAUUCGGUGUAUCUUACAACAACCUAAUUCAAUUUGGGACCUACCUUUGUGUGCAGAGUAGCGAUUUAAAGUGUUUGAUUAGAAAUAAUGUUUCGAAAUGGAAAUAACGAAGCUCGAGGUUAUACCCACAUAGGUAGGUACCUAACCAUUUUUUAAUUUGCGAAUCUGUUGAGAUAAAUUAUUGUAUCCUAGUAGCCAUUGUUUCAAGGUGGCAGCGUGAUCGGUAGUUAAUAUUAUACCAACCAACGUACAUAAUGCAUCGACGAACAACAACACGAAGCAUUGCACAACCUGAGCUAAUCCACAUGCCAUGGCAUAUAUCCUUGCCGGAUGAGAAGCCAAACAAGAGCAAAGACCGGUUAAAGCAAUCAUCAAAUUACGUUUUACGUGCAUCAAAAAGCAAGAAAUAUCAAUUCAUAUCCAACUUUACCCUCCAGCGUGUAGCGGAUGGAAAGGAGUUGGAAUCAAUAUUGAAAGAGAAAGGAUUUUUUAAUUCCUCAUGCUGCUUAACAAUGGGCGAACAAAUCGAUCUAAACUCCGGUGAAAAUUUCUUACCGCUGGAGAUGUUUGACGAUUGGGAUUACGAUACAUUCGAUCCUGAAGUUUUAGCCAUUUGGAAAAAUGCGGAGGCUCUAGCAAUUUUGCCUCCUUACACUGACUGGCAAAAAGUGCUGGUUGUCAACUAUGAACCGGGAUUAAAUUAUUGGCAGGUGACAAAAGCAGGUACCUCCACGGCGUUUCGAAUUCCUCGCCUUCAUCUGUACUUUCCCUUCGAAGAUCCGUACAAGUUCGCGGAUCGCAAUGUCGCUGCAGUGAAAGCCCGUGAAAUGGCAGAAAAUGCGAUCCGUUUUCAGUUCCUGUGCAAACACAUUUCCAGCGAUGGCUGCUUUGCCCCGGGUCGCCUACUCGAGCAAAGUGUACUGCGGCGCUCUAGUGAGGAGAUCUACGGUAUAUUUAAACAUCUAUACGAAAGCUACCACAUUGCCUUGGCCGUAGGAAAACAUCUCAAUCUCGACAGUUCUUCGUCAAUCAAGCAACCAACCAUCGGCUGUUUAGAUUCAAUGAAAUACAAACCUUCGCAUGGGUAUAAUUCCACAAGCAUCACAUUGCUGCUCGAUUGUUUCAGGCGCAGUACCUUACUCUGUGACCGAAAUGUGUUCCAUGCAAUGCGCUUUGUACAUCAAGAGUGUGAGAUGGUGCGAAGGCUUCCGCUGUUUAUCGUGGCAAACGAGAAACCUAUCCCACUGGAAGAGUACGAGAAGCAAAACCUUACGCAAGCGAACAAAACGAUGAAAUAUCUCCAGAACACCUGGAUCGAACGUUCUACCAUGCAUCUGAACCGGAUAUUAUCGCGCAUUGGCAAGGGAAACUUCUAUAUAGGUGUAUCGAGCUGGAAUAUCUACUCGGUAAUGAAGUUGAAGCGUCUUAUCGAACAGGUGCUGUACCGCAUGCAGGACGCACUGAGAGAUCUCCUGCUUGACUCAACUGCCGCAUACGCUAAUUUUCUCGUGAACGAUUGUAGCGCCAUACUGUCGAUAGGGGAUGACUACUGCUGGGAUGGAAAUCUCAUCGACAGCCCAUUCGAACCAAAGCGUCCGGCAGUGUUCUAUCUCACACUGGAGAUGGGUCAAGAAACUCCAUACUAUUCGACCGAUCCGGAUUCGUUUCCCAAAACUCUACGCUGCAUAAUGGACGAUACCUUGACGGAGUGUCACUUUGUACAUACUAUCGAACCGUCCUUGAUGAAAUCUCUUAUUUUCGCAGAAAACCUAUUCUUAUCCUCGCUGGGGCUUCUUGAUCCGAUAAUCGUUAAACGACGGGAAGCAUUACUAGAGUAUUAUCGCAAAUCUCUGCUUCCUCUGCGUGCUUAUGCCUCACGGUACACCGCCUACAGGGAGCUGUUCUUUACCAACGUGAAGGAAUUUGUGGAACAGAUAAAGAGCGCUGACAAAUCAUCGUCCGAGAUCAAAGAGGACAUUGCAUUACAGAUUCGCUUGCGAGAAAACUUGGAACACACUGUCCCGCUUUGUAUCGUUAUCGGACCGUAUUGGAUAAAUGUACAACCGCUACGAGAAGCUUUAAUCCGCAAGCGUGUAGAAUUGACAGCAGCCCUGCUUAAGAUGCUGACGGAAAAGUUGCGACUGAAGACGGCGGACGUGAUAGCAUGCUACAACACUAUCAAUGAGCGGAUGUGUGAAAAACCUGCCUCAAUCGAACACAUCUAUGACAUCCGUGCGUACAUUGAGGAUGUGCCGGAAUUGGUAACUCGGCUGGAAGAUCGUAUGCGAAGCAUCCUGUACGAGUACGAGAUAUUGGAAGGCUUUCUGCACAAUCUACCGGAUGCAGACUUUCAGCAGAAAUGGAACGCUCUCGCCUAUCCCCGAUUGGUGCUGAAGCAGAUGGUUUCGGUGAAGGAAUUCCACGAAUCCGAGGUGGACCGGUUCCGCAAGCAACAGUUUGCGGACGAGGCCACCUUUACCGCUAGCAUCGAAGACAUCAAUGCGUACAUCUCCAAGUUUACCACACUGUACGAUGUGUCCAAGGUGUCCGAAAUGUCCGUUGAAGUACGGCGUCUCUGGAAGACACUUCAAGAACUGAUCGAUCAGGGUCACAUCAUGAACCGGCGCCAGGAGCUGUUUGAAAUGCCACCGAUUAGUUUGAAUAAUUUAUUCGAGCUUCGGAACAACUUCAAAGCCUACCGGGAACUCUGGACGGUGGCGGCCGACUAUUUAAAGCUGGAAGAAACUUGGAUCGGAAACCCUUUGGCCAGCGUUGACCUGGAAGGUGUACGCAGGGGAUUACAGCAGACGCAUGAUUGCUUGAAAGAUUUGCUGCCACUAUUCCGGGACCAGCCACAGCUGCUCGCCGUGCUGGAGCACUUUGUAACGGUUGUGGAAGCUUUCCGACCGAACUUAGACAUUAUGGAGCUUCUGAAGUGUCCAUUCCUGGAAGCAAUUCACUGGGGUCAGCUGGCAAAGGAAAUCGGUGUCAAGGGCAAGCUGUCGGUGGACGUUGGGUUCGAUGUGUUUUUGGAGCAUGGGUUCCGAGAUCAUCUCGAGACGGUUCGACGGGUUGUUGUGAAAGCGGAACAGUUACGUUUGGAGCAGGAGGCACUUUGGGCGGAAGAGGAACGCAUUAGACAGAUAGAAGAGGACUACAGGCGUGCUCGUGCCGAACGUCGACUGAAACGAACCGAUAUUUAAACACUUUGUGUCUGGAAUUGUGUCUUCCUUUUUUCACUUAAUGGUCCACAACGUCAUCGGUUGCUAGGUCCUUUCGUACGACGCCACUGUCUUUGAACCACUGGGCGCCUCCAUUGAUGUAAUUAUAUUUAAAAGUACUAACGAGCACAUGUACAAUUUAGCCACUUGAAACUCAAUGUUUAAAAUUAAAUUGUCUCGAACUGGAAAAAAACUCGAACAAAUCUUUUAAUUGCCCCAUAAGCUAUGCGCUCUGCAAAUGUUUAUUAACACUACAUUUCCUUCGAUACGUUCAUUGUUUAGUAACUCUUUCCAACCUCCUUCCAAUAUUAAUAUCAUUGCCCACUUCAUGGGUUGCCUUCAUUGCCUCGAGUAUUCGGACGAGUCAAACGAUCCAACGAAACAAACGGAUAUCCAGAAAAAAUAAAAAUAAAAAAGAAUUUGCAAAAUAAAUAUCACAGCACACAUUCGGGCGGAUUGUGGAAAGUGCCAGGAUGUUAUUUUCUCGAGAAACUCAUCAAGCCUCAGCACCCUCGCACCAAACCGAUCGUCCGAACGUGGUUGCAUGGAAAAAGUUUUCCUACACCAAAAAAAACCCAACCAACAAAUAAGCGGAUGAUAAAAGUGAAUGUGAAACGAUGGUGAGCAAUCCCGAACAUCGGGAACCGGUUCGGGUUUGGGUCAUUGCCGGCAGUCUCGACACUCCCGUGCACUGGGAAGGCACUAGGAGAGGUGGCGUAAAAUCCGGCUAGCUAGUUAUAUUUUGGCUGAGUUUGCUUUUAUGUGCCUUUAUUGUUGUUAUUAUCGCCCGUGGAUGUAAAAUUAAACAUAAAUAUUUAAUGAAAGGCACCCAGAGCGUGUGCCGUAAAUGGGGAACCGAAACAGCAAGACGAGUCGACGAAA